AUCCACUCUGCCUAGAUAUAAAAUACUGCUAAUUUCAAAGUAGUCAGUGGAAGCUGAAAAACAGUGCAAUGACGUCUUCACGAAAUGCAAGAAAACUGCCUUUCCUAUUAUUAGGUACUCUUGUCUUAGGGGCUGUUAGCAUGCCAUCAUGUCCACCAAAACGAACUUCGACGCCAACCUACUUCCCCCACGAGACGAAUUGCUCUUUGUUUUACGAGUGCGGACCUAACGGCAUAUCUAAAUUGCUAGAAUGUUCCGAGGGCUUGGACUUCAAUCCAGUGUUGCACGUAUGUGACUAUCCCGAGCGUGCAGGAUGCCGAAACAGAACUUCUACGACUACUGUCAUUCCUACAAGUCGACUCACCCGUAAACCAGAUAAUAGCACUACAAGCCCUCCUGCACCUAUAACGAAUCCACCAACACGUAGUGCUCCCAUCAUUUUACUAUCAAAUAUUCUAGAACCGUUCCUUCGUUCAGUAGUAUGUCCACCUAAUCGAUCAUCUGAAUCAACUUACAUUCCCCAUGAAAGUAACUGCUCCUUGUUUUACGAAUGUGGGCCUAACGGCAAGCCGAAGCUACAAAAAUGCGCAAAAGGCUUGGACUUCAACCCAGUCCUACACGUGUGCGACUAUCCUGAUCAAGCAGGGUGCCGAAAUAGAACGAGUACAACGACUGGGCCUAGAACCAAGUCCCCGGCAGGUACGACUACACAAAUUCCAGUCACAACAAAAUCUAGUGCACCCUCAACCAAAGCAGCCUCAACUAAAAUUCCAAGAACUACAAAAUCAAUCCUAACAACAACAGUAACCUCACGAAGACCUUCAACAACGGAAACACGUUCUACAACAAGCAAAUCUAUCCCAUCUUCACCUGUUAUUCCUCCCAUUACAGUUGAUAUGCCCACUAUACCUCCUAGACCAAUGCCUACAGUAGUGAAGAAAUUCGACUGUGGAUUUGGGAGACAGGAAUGUAUAUCUGUUAAAAGAAGAAUGGUAGCCAUGGAAACAGAACAAUAUCGACCAGUUUUUCUACCAGAAAAGAUCAUAGCCUGGUUGCAAGACAAGGAAUGAUAGUUGGGCGCAAAAUUAUUUCCGUAAGUUUGUAAAAAUAUGUAUCUCCAUUAUUACCUUUCUUGUGUUCAGAGAUAACUAUAUUUCCUAUACUAUCUUAACAAAGGUUGUAAAAGCAUGCAAGACGUCAAUAAAUCUCUCAUUCCGACACAGCGUGGUCUCAACUUUUGGAUAGGUAAAGAUCAAUUUUAAAAAUUUAAUAACAACCACCAUUUUUAACAGCAGUUGAAUUGCACUCUGACGUAGAAUCUGGAGCUCCACCUUUAUCUAGUUUCUUCAAGAAAAUGCAUGGUUGUCAAGUUUUCGUUAAAAAUUUUAAAAUAUUUUUUCCGAUUGAAAAUAUUUAAACGAUCUUCAAAUAAAGGCCUUUUCCAUCCUACUGUCAAAACGUAACACGCUUUUAUUUGAAAACUUGAAAUGAAGGAGCUUCACUAUUGUUUAAACAUUUUAAAUCGGAAAAAAUAAUUCUAAAUUUUUAGUUCACG